ACGCGCUCUGUUCUUACAACCCCUCACAGCAUGGGUCACUUUUCCAUCACCAUUACCUUCAUCUCUUUCAUUUUUCUCUUCCUAACUCGCUACCACCGACUCGUUCAUGCCGAUUCACCAACUCAUGUACCUCCAUACUCCUGUGACACCACCAACCCACUUACAAAAUCCUUACCCUUCUGCAAUCUCAACCUUACCAUCACUCAAAGAGCCAAAGACAUUGUGUCACGGCUCACAUUGGAUGAGAAAAUCUCUCAACUCGUUAACACAGCUCCUUCCAUUCCUCGACUCGGUAUACCGAGUUACCAAUGGUGGGAUGAAGCGUUGCACGGUGUUGCUAAUGCUGGUAAAGGGAUAAGAUUGAAUGGCAGUGUUGCAGGUGCUACUAGUUUCCCUCAAGUUAUUCUUACGGCUGCUUCUUUUGAUUCUAAACUUUGGUACCAAAUCAGUAAGGUGAUUGGAACUGAGGCUAGAGGAGUGUACAAUGCUGGACAAGCUCAAGGGAUGACGUUUUGGGCACCAAACAUAAACAUAUUUAGGGACCCAAGAUGGGGAAGAGGACAAGAAACAGCUGGUGAAGAUCCUUUGGUGAAUUCAAAGUAUGGUGUUUCCUAUGUAAGAGGACUUCAAGGAGAUUCCUUUGAAGGUGGAAAACUGAUUGGAGAUCGUCUUAAAGCUUCUGCUUGUUGCAAACAUUUUACUGCCUAUGAUUUGGAUAAUUGGAAGGGUUUGGACCGUUUUGAUUUUGAUGCCAAAGUUACUUUGCAAGAUUUGGCGGAUACGUAUCAACCACCAUUUCAUAGUUGCAUAGUACAAGGACGAUCCAGUGGAAUAAUGUGUGCUUACAACCGUGUCAAUGGAGUUCCAAACUGUGCAGAUUACAAUCUGUUAACCAAAACUGCUAGACAAAAAUGGAAUUUCAAUGGGUAUAUUACGUCGGAUUGUGAAGCAGUACGAAUCAUAUAUGAUAAUCAAGGUUAUGCAAAAACACCAGAGGAUGCUGUAGCCGAUGUACUUCAAGCUGGGAUGGACGUAGAGUGUGGUGAUUACUUGACAAAGCAUGCAAAGGCAGCAGUAUUACAAAAAAAAGUACCUAUAUCUCAAAUCGACCGUGCCCUACACAAUCUGUUUACCAUUAGAAUAAGACUAGGCUUGUUUGAUGGGAAUCCAACAAAACUCCAAUAUGGCAGAAUUGGUCCAAAUCAAGUAUGCUCUAAAGAAAACCUAGACCUUGCUCUUGAAGCUGCAAGAAGUGGCAUUGUACUUUUAAAAAACACUGCCUCAAUUCUCCCACUUCCAAGAGUAAAUACCCUCGGAGUUAUAGGCCCUAAUGCCAAUAAAUCAUCUAAGGUUGUUUUAGGAAACUACUUUGGCCGUCCUUGUAGAUUAGUACCAAUAUUAAAAGGCUUUUACACUUAUGCUAGCCAAACACAUUAUCGUUCUGGAUGUCUUGAUGGAACAAAGUGUGCUUCAGCUGAAAUUGACCGAGCAGUUGAAGUUGCUAAAAUAAGUGAUUAUGUUAUUUUGGUUAUGGGAUUGGACCAAAGUCAAGAGAGGGAAUCACGUGAUAGAGAUGAUUUAGAGUUGCCUGGUAAGCAACAGGAACUUAUUAACAGUGUUGCUAAAGCUUCUAAGAAGCCUGUUAUUUUGGUGCUUUUGUGUGGUGGUCCUGUUGAUAUUACUUUUGCUAAGAAUAAUGACAAAAUUGGAGGGAUUAUUUGGGCUGGUUAUCCUGGUGAACUUGGUGGAAGGGCUCUUGCUCAGGUUGUGUUUGGUGACUAUAACCCAGGGGGGAGACUACCAAUGACAUGGUACCCAAAAGAUUUCAUCAAAAUACCAAUGACAGACAUGAGAAUGAGAGCUGAUCCCUCAUCAGGCUAUCCCGGUAGAACCUACCGUUUCUACACAGGUCCAAAGGUCUACGAAUUCGGCUAUGGUCUAAGCUACUCAAAUUAUUCCUACAACUUUAUUUCCGUCAAAAACAACAACCUUCACAUCAACCAAUCAACCACUCAUUCGAUACUCGAAAACUCUGAAACAAUCUAUUACAAACUUGUUUCAGAGUUAGGUGAAGAAACAUGUAAAACCAUGUCAAUUUCUGUCACAUUGGGAAUUACAAAUACUGGAAGCAUGGCUGGGAAACAUCCUGUGUUGCUGUUUGUGAAGCCAAAGAAAGGUAGAAAUGGAAAUCCAGUAAAACAGUUGGUAGGGUUUGAGAGUGUGACGGUAGAAGGAGGAGGAAAAGGUGAAGUUGGAUUUGAAGUUAGUGUUUGUGAGCAUCUUAGUAGAGCAAAUGAGAGUGGUGUUAAGGUGAUUGAAGAAGGUGGUCAUUUGUUGGUUGUGGGAGAGGAAGAGUACUCAAUUAAUAUCACUCUUUGAUGAAAUGUAGUAUUGAGAAAUUAUCAAUCAAGUAACGAAUAACCAAUGGAAAGCUUGAUGAGUUAAUUGCAAUGUGAGUCUACUUAUGUAAUGGAAAGCUUGAUUGGCCCUGAUAAUAUAAUCAUGAUAAUAUAUUUUUAGUAUA